AUGGCACCAACGACGAGAGCAGCGGCUGGGAGACGAUCAUCACUUGCCCGGGAGAUGGCGAGUGCGUCGACCGCCCCUGCUGCGACUAAGAAGACCACGCCGGCGAACAAGAGCAAGACUACAGAAGCGGCCGCCACCAAGCAGAAGACCGCCAGCAAGAUUACGAAGACGACCAAGAAGCCAGCCACGCCUGUCCCGAGUCCUAAGUCACCAAGAGUCCCAUUUACCAAGUACUCCAAUCAGGCAAGCGCAUUCGAUGACCCCGAUGCGCUCUCUAAACAAUAUCCAGGUCGUCCUCCAACAGACCUCGAGUUCCGCAGAGUCAUCGGACCCAACGGCACAACAGUCGGGGGUCUGCUCAGCCAAUUCAAGGGACACCUCACCGGUGGGGAACGUGCGCAUGAUUUCUUUGUGGCCCUGGGCAGAAUCGCCUAUAUCGACCGUGACAAACAUCCCCGCUUGGUAUACUUGAGAAACGAUGCUCCUGCUGUGAGCAGCCCCAAGUCUCGAGCUGCUGGCGCGCGCAUUGGCAUGAAGUUUCUCGAGGUUUCUAAGAAGGAACGUGAAACGGCGCGUGAGAAUGCACGUGAGAAGGCUCUUACGGCACGUGAAAAGGCUCUUGCGAAGAUCUACGGGUCUACUAGCAACAGGGGCCCAGUCGCUCCCACGCAGAGAUUAACUCUUGCGUCGGAGCGCUACUUCCCAACUCGCUUUGAGAUUGCGAAAUUCAUCGGUUCCCAAGGCACGAGUAUCAAUGCUCUCGAGUGGAAAUACAAGAAGGCCAUCCAGGACAACGAUAAGCUCUUCUGGAAUAUCGUGUGGCAGAUCGCUGCUCUCGACAAGUCGAAGCAUCCUUUCCAUGUCUACUUGACCGGGGAGCAAGACACUUUUGCCCCUGAGGAUGAACGCAACGCGCCGCGUCGCAACCCGGCGCCUGUUGUCAACGUCCGCGUCGAUUUGUCCUCUGGUGUAUCGGAGACCAAGAAGAAGGGCAAGAAGAACAAGAACAAGAAGGGCAAGGGCAAGGCCAAGAUUGAAAGCCAACCUUUCCAGCGGAGAGGGACCCCAGCGGAGUCGAUCAAGCAAAGUUACCGCAGCGUGACUGCCCAUGCGAAUGCUCCUCCAGCUCCUUUCUUCCCAGCUCGCCCGGGACUCGUCCCUCGUACGCCGGAGGGCUAUGCCGCGGACCUCGAUACGCCUAUCAGUGGGUUUUCUCAACUCGCACCAUAUUACGACCCUACCGCUCCCAUUCAAGCUUCCAAGGGAAAGCAGAGGUUGACCUCCCCCAUCAACUACAACUCUGGAUCCAACCUCUUCGGCACGCUUGCCGGUUCAAUCCAAGCCUCCGAAGGAAAGGGGAAAGCUGCGUCCCCGACCAAGAGCCCUCCUGCGUAUGCCCCAACCGCGGUUACAAGCACAAGCUCCAAGGGCAAGGGCAGAGCCACCUCGCCAGCCUACAGUUCCCCCCGUAGAUUCACGCCCAUCAACAGACCCACCACCGCGGUCCCCAGCCCAAAAGACAAACAAAGACUCACAUCACCCCUCAAGAGCGGUCCAGCCUACGCGCCCACCACCGCAUCUAUCGCUACAACCGCCGGCACCACAGGCAGAGGCAACUCCGCCUCGCCCGUCAAAAGCCCCUCCAAAGACCCCCACCGGCCAAGCAGCAGCCUGCGGGCGAUCAUGGGCGCAACGACGGAGAUGUACGAACUGAUUUCGUGCGUGUUCCAGGAGAUCAGGGAGUAUAAGCAGUUGCUGGACAGGUUCCAGGAGGAGGAAAUGCGGGAGAGGUUUCCUCUGUCGUACGUUGGUUGA